AAGUAAGACAUAACAGAUAACCAAAUUCUUGAAUCUUAAAAUAAAUUUCAACUCGAACAUUUAGUGAAUAUCAAAUUAACUAAUAUCCCGCCCGUAGGGCGGGCCGACCCUAGUUUAUAAUAAACAAAAGUUAAUUUAAUAUCUAUGGUUCGUCGUGUGGAUUGAGUCGAAAUGGUUUAGUUUUCUAUUGGACUGAUGAAUGAAAUCGUCGGAUUGCUUGUAUCCCUUGCUUGAUAAACAAAAGUUAAUUUUAAGAUUUUAAAACACAAACAGAAAAGCAUAUUCUACGCCUCCUACUCCUUAUACUUGUGGUAAAAAUUGACUCACCCGACAUACUUUGAUCCGUUCUAUUCCAUUGCGAGUUUAAUAUAUUAUAUAUGACUAAUUCAUCUUUUCGGAUUUAUUGAUAUAUGUUUUCAACCCAUUUAACCAAUUUGCUAUAUAAAUAUGCUUGGCCUUUCACCAUUGACCCAUUAUGAGCUUAACUCAUUAGAGUCGUCGGCUGGAUUGGGUUGUAUUAAUCCACUAUGACUCUCCUUUCACACACACACACAACAAGAAGGUUUGUCCAAAAGCAAUGAUGAUACUUGCACUAUUUGAGAAAAAAAAAGAGAGUUUCUUUUGAUUAAAUAAUCAUUAAAAAUACUUAAGAUAGACUAGGUAAUUCUUAAAAAUUAUAUAAAAAAGUUUAAUAUUAUACUUAUAAACUUUUAUGGGAAAGUUAGCUUACAUUAUCAAAAAAUAAAAAUAAAUUGUAAUCUAAUUUAGAUUAAAGACUAACCCCUAAAACUUAUAAAAAUCUAUUCAGAAAAUCUAACAUAUAUGAUAUACCUAUAAAAUACUUUUCAUAACAACACCAGUAAGAGAUUUCUUAUAGAUUUAGUUACAGUUAAAUCUAUAAAGAAAUAAAACUAUAAUUAACAUAUUUUGAAGACAAAGAUUUGAUACAUUCUUUAAAUUAGAUUAGUACAUUAAUUUAUACUAUGUCAAUAUCAAAUUUUAUAGAAAAGAUCUCUAUGUAUACUUACAUAAUUGUAUAAUGUCAGUAUAAAGAGGUUUAAACGGACAAAGAGAUCAUUGAGAAAUUAAAGUAUGGGCUUAAAACUAGGAGUGAUGAAAAAUAAAGAGGACAAGAAAAAUUAUGAAAAAGAUGGUGAGUGUGAUAUUCCUCAUGAUCUCAUGAGGGAGAUAUUACUGAGACUUCCAGCGAAAUCAUUGCUAAGGUUUCGAUGUGUAUCAAAGUUAUGGUUCUCUACCACUACAGAUCCAAGUUUCAUUAAUUUGUUCGCCACUCAGUCAUCAACUCGUCCGUAUCUUGAACUCUGUUUUACAAAAGAGGACAACUGGUUAUUUUUCUCAUUAGCGCAAAAGUCUUUAUCUCAUCAUCAUAUGGACCAUAUCACCCUCCCAAAAGAAGACCGGUUCAUCAAUGAUUUUGAGUCCAUACUUGGCUUGAUCUCCUUCCAAUAUUUAAAUUAUUUUGUGAUCUGGAAUCCUACCAUAAGACAACAUGUAACCAUACCCAAACCCAAAGAUUCAUGGCAUACAAGAAGCUAUUUAGGAUAUGAUCCUAUUGGAGAUACAUAUAAGCUACUUUGUAUGUCAAAUACUUCUGAUUCCAGACCUCAAGUUCUUACAUUAGGAGCUCAAGAAUCAUGGAGAUUGAUUAAAAACAGUCCUAUGCAUUACCAGACGAAUAAUGGAAAAUACAUCAACGGGUUCAUCUUUUAUGAAGCGUAUUUACGAUAUGAAUAUUAUGGAACUCUUGUUGAUCGUGGAUGUCCUUCGUAUAUUUAUCGCGAAGGUCUAGAUAGAAAAACCAUAAUGCGUUUUGAUGUGAGGUCUGAGGAGUUUAAACCAAUCCAAAUGCCCCCGCAUUUUAGUCACAAAACAAGGCAUGCUCUGGUAAAUUACGAGGGCAAAGUGGCACGUAUUUGUCAAGAAUCAUCUUUUAUAAUUUUAUGGAUCCUUGAAGAUGUUGACAAAGAAAAAUGGUCAUACAAAGAGUUCCAUGUGCCUUUUCCCCCAGAAGAUCCAAUUGAAGCAUAUGACUAUAGCAUAAAUAUACUAUCACAACAAAACGAGAACUACAUUCUAAAUGGUAUCCAUGAUGACACUGGUGAAUUAGUGAAAUAUAUUCUAAGUGGUAUUAAUGAUGACACUGGUGAAUUUAUUUUCAUACCAUUAACAAUGUGGUGUGGUGACAAAGAGGCGUAUGUCUUUUGUUAUGAUCCAAAGAAAAAAUAUACGAGGAAGAUCAGAUUUGAAGGAACUGGGUACGUUGACAAUUUUAAGCGUGGUUAUAAACUCAAACACUGGGUAUUUGCUUAUUGUUUCCCUAAUCAUAUUGAGAGUCUUGUGUCUCUCAACAACCUAACUUUCCCGCAUUAAAUAUUUUAUAUGGAGUUAUUCUUCCGUUC